AUGGGGAAUAAUCUUUGUUAUUAAACAGGAGAAAGAUCAUCUUAAUUUCCUUAAUUACUUCUUAAAUAUGAAGUAGGGAACUGUGAAAUUGCAUUGACUGCAGGUCCUGUAGAGAAUGAGGAUGUAGAAUGCUUAGUAAUUCCAACAGAUUAAGAAUACUCAAAUAUUAAAUAAAGUGAUAAACCAACAUUUGCAUAAUUAAAUGGAAAGUGUGUAUUUGUUGCAGCUAGAAAGAGUAUGAUUAAAUAUCAAAUAUUUUAAGAACAGAAAAAUUAGAUUUUGGCUGUUGUUAUUGAUAAGGAAACAGUAUUAAAUAGUGAUAAAAGUGAUGAUGAAAAAUAAACAAUUUAUGAAGCAGUUUAAGAGGCCUUAAAAAUAGUAUAUUAUCAUAUAUAAUUCUUUUAAAGGCAGAAUAAAAGCAAAUGAAAUCUAUAGGAUUUCCAGUUUUUACAUCAAAAGAUCACACAACAUCAGCAACAAUUAUGUUGAUGGCCAUAAAGCUUAGUGUGACUGAGUAAAAAAUAAAAUCAUUAAAAAGAAUAGUAAUUACAUUAGAUGUAUUUAUAUUAUAAAUUGAAAGCAUAUUGAAUAGGUGAGUAGCUUUAAAUGGGUGUUUUAAUAAGUAUUUAAAGGAAACUAACAAGUUGCACAUUCUAGAACUUAUUCAAGUUCAAUAAUGGAAUAAAUGGAAUCAAUUUAAGCUGAUAUCAUUAAACCUAAAUAAAAAAGUGCUACAAAAGAAGAAAAAGUAUGAG